AUUACGGUAAUCUACCUGUCACGCGAGGUCGUCACUGCCACCCAGCGGCGUAAGUAAGUGUUUGAACGCCUCCGAGGUGAUCAAAGGUAAUGACUGGAGACCUGAGUUCAGCACACCGCAGCAAUGUCUAAGUGGCUGAACGAUGAUGAGGUGCUGGUGGGUGAAGGCAGUGGCGAGGCAGUGCAACUGAGCCCCAGAAUGCGGACUCUGCCGCCUGGGAGCCCCAGAUCAGGCCACGGGCGUAGUCCGCUGGCUUCACCCCGCAGCAGGGAGCCGGUUCCUCUGAGCCCGCUGGCAAAGACCAUGAGCAAGGCCAAACAGCUGUUUCUGCUCUGUGACAAAGAGGGAAAAGGGUUCAUCACAAAGCAGGACAUGCAGAGGUUACAGUGGGAGUUGCCACUGACCCCUGAACAGCUAGAAACCGUCUUUGACAGUCUGGACAGAGAGGGCAAUGGUUACCUCACUCCUGUGGAGUUCAACACUGGGCUCGGUGAGCUGGUGGAGCUGGAGGAGAUGACAGACCUGGAUCAGGAUGAAGCAGAAGAAGAACUGGACGAGGCGGACUUUUCUCAGGACCCCAGUGCUGUUAGAUUUGUAAACACACUAAUGGAGCUUGGCGCUGACAAACUUUUCAAAGAUCAGCAGGAGCUCUGUACUCUGUGGUGUGAGCUCCAGAGAGACCGACCAGAGAUGCUGAGCAUCCUAGAGGGCAUCUUGGUCCAUGCAGUGUCCCAUUUACAAGACACCGUCAAAGAGAGAGACAGUCUGGAACAAGCCUUACGCAGACGGGAGAGCGAACAUGAUCAGGUCGUUCGGUCUAUAUAUGAGGAAAUGGAAAGUCAAAUCAGAGAGGAGAGAGAGAAGCUCCUUGCUCAGGACAGUAUUAAACAGAAGGAGAAAGGGCAAAAACUUGAGGAGGAGCUGAGGAUGCGGGAACAGGAGUUGGAGAAUACGCUGAAAAAACAGACGGAGCUUGAGACCCGAAUGCGCCAGCUGAGCCACGAGCAAGUAAACAUCAAAGAGCAGAACCAGCAGCUUCAGGACCUCAACAUGCAGUUACAGGAGCAGGUGGAGCGCAACAAAGAACAGUUGCAGGCUGCGUUGGCUCAGCUCAACUUGGCGCAGAUCAGCAAUGCACAAGAACAACUGGCCAGACAGAGAAACGUGAUGAAGGUGUCAAGAAACAUGAAGAAAGAGAAAGAGAGUCUUUUGAGACAACUGGAGAUAUUGAGGGAUAUGAACAAAAGGCUGCGAGAUGAGAAAGACGCCCAACAGUCUCAGAAGAGGACUCCAAAUGUCACACAGGCUUUGCAGAAGAGAGGGUCAGUUAUAGGUAACUACUUACUGGAGGACAAGCCAAUGAAAAGACAGCUGUGCUCUGCUGAUGAGUUGGAGCAGGACAAAAAGACAGAGGUGACAAUAUCCUCCAAGAAACACCAACCGUCAUGUAGAGUCAGGGGUGAAAAUGUUGAACAGACCCAAACUCAGAGCAAAGCUGUCAGUACUCAGCAAGUGUUCAAGGUUGUGUUUCUGGGUAACUCGGGGGUGGGUAAGAGCUCCUUCAUCCAGUAUUAUUGCACAGGGCGCUUCGACAGUAAAGUCAGCACUACCGUUGGUAUAGAUUUUAAGAUGAAGACUAUAACUGUGGACUCCACCACCAUCAUCCUGCAGCUGUGGGACACUGCAGGGCAGGAGAGGUUUCGCAGCAUCACCGAGCAGUACUACCGAAAGGCCGACGGCAUCCUUGCCAUGUAUGAUGUAACGCACUCCGCCUCCUUCACUGCAGUGAGAGGAUGGAUGGACUCCAUCAGGGAGAAGAUGUGUGAAGGUGCUGUACUGAUGCUGCUGGGGAACAAGCUGGACUUGGCAGAUAAUCAGUGUAGAGAAGUGAAAACAGAAGAGGGUCAAAAACUGGCAAAGCAACAUCAGGCUUUGUUUUAUGAGUGCAGUGCCAGGAAUGGAUUGAACGUAGAGGAGCUAAUGAAUCACCUGGCAGGGAUGUUGGUAACCCAGCAUGAACGCCAGUGUGAAGAUGCACUUCUACUGACUGAGAACACGCCUAAAAGAAGUUGCUGUACAUGAACAGUUGAGGACAGGCUUUUGAAAAGACUGAAACUGCCUCCAGGUGUCUCUUCUUUGGUUCAGUGGAGCCAUGUUGUAUCCCACACCAACAGUAGAUCAUCACGUCGUGACGUCACGUCAGGCAUUUUUCUGUGAACAAGUUUACUGAAGAGAAUAAUGUUUUCCUUUGGGUUUAUGCAUC